UUUGAUUUUAGUUAUUUUUUGUGCUUAAAAGUUUAUUUAAUAAUUAAUGAGUUUUUAAAACUCUUAUUUAAAUCUUACCUCAUAUUUUUAAAAUUGCAGGCAUUUCGUAUAUGUCAGUUACGAGCACAUGGUGUUCAAAAUCUAAAUUAUGAAGAGCGAAUUGAGUUGUGGAAUUUGGAAAAUGAGCAGUUUGAAGAGUUAAUCAUUCAACCAUCAUUAAGUUAUUACAAUCGAUAUUUUGAAAGAAGACCAGCUCAAACUGAUGGUGGUUUGGGAUGGAGAAAUAUUUGGGAUCGAUUACAAGAAGAUAAUGUUGCUUGUCUUCAGCUAUUACGAAUGUCUCUUGGCACGUUUUGCACAUUGUGUGAGAAAUUGCAAACGGCUUAUGGCUUACAAUCAACAUUAAAUGUAAGCAUUGAAGAGAGUGUGGCCAUGUUUCUAACGAUAUGUGGGCAUAACGAAGUUCAAAGAAAUGUUGGAUUACGAUUUGGACGAACGCAAGAGACAGUGAAGCGAAAAUUUUUUGAAGUGCUUCGAGCGACUGAAUUGCUUGCUUGUGACUAUAUCAAGACUCCAACAACACAAGAACUAAGACGGGUUCCAGAACGACUACUAAUGGAUGAGAGAUAUUGGCCUUAUUUUAGUGGUUUUGUUGGAGCUAUGGAUGGAGUUCAUGUUUGCGUUAAAGUGAAGCCUGAAGUUCAAGGAAUGUAUUGGAAUCGACACCAUAUUACAUCGUUUAACAUAAUGGCGAUAUGUGAUUUGAAUAUGUUAUUCACAUAUGUUUGGAAUGGAGCACCAGGUUCAUGUCAUGAUACAGCAGUUCUCACAAUGGCGCAAGACAAUGAUUCUAGUUUUCCUUUACCUCCAGUCGAUAAGUACUAUCUCGUUGACUCUGGCUAUCCAAACAAACAAGGCUUUUUGGCUCCCUAUAGGUCUUCACGAAAUGGGGUUGUGAGGUAUCAUAUGUCACAGUUCGAAAGUGGUCCUCCUCCGAGAAACAAACAAGAGUUAUUUAAUCGAUAUCAUGCAUCUUUGCGUUCUGUUAUUGAGAGGACAUUUGGAGUUUGGAAGAAGAAAUGGAGGAUUCUUUGUGAAUUUCCGAGAUAUGAUAUGCAUGUUCAGAAAAGAGUGGUCACAGCAACAAUGGGAUUACAUAAUUUUAUUAGAAUUUCAAAUUUUUCUGAUGAAGAUUUUGCUGAUACAAUGACACAUACAGAGAUUUCGAAUGCUACAUCUACGGCUGAACAAAAUGAUAUGGAAGAAGCGGAAACAGCACAAGGAAAUUUCAUGGCAAACGUUAGAGAAAUGAUUGCAAAUACAUUAUGGGCAAAUAAAAAUGCUCCAUGUUGAUUUGUUUGUUGUAAUUGUACUUUUUAAUGUUUUAAUUUUAUUGUUAUUUAAUAAAAAUAAUAAUUAGUUUUUAUAUAAUAAUUUGUAAUUUUAAAUAUUUAAUUUAAUAAAUUUUUUGUUUAGCAUUCAGUUAAAUAAGCUAAUUCGAUAAAUUAGUUAAACGAGUUUGAUCUGCAUUUGUUCUGCUUGAUCUGCAUUUGUUCUGCUUGAUCUGCAUUGUAUAUUUGAUCUGCGUUUUUCUGAUCUGCUUGCCAUUCGUAGCCAAUAAUAGUAGACAAAGAGCAGCUUGUUCUUCCUCCUUUAAACUCUUUCUUUUCUUGAAUGACACGCAAACUUUUGAUGACAAUAUUGAUGUGUUUAUCUUCUUGUGGGCUUUCUGUCUAUGAAUACCCAACAAAUGGGAUCGUCUCUGUCUCUUGAAUCUGAUCCCACAUGCAUUGCAAAGUGACUGCUAAUUCCAUUAUGCAAAACCAGAAGGAAACCAAGUUAAAAACACUUCUUUAUCCAAAAAAAAAGAAAGAAAGUUAAGGGUACUUCUUGAACUAUAUCAAACAAAGUUAUAAAUAUAGUAACUCAAGGUACGUAGAAGAGACCUUGGGACCAGAUGGUCCACCUCUCCACAUUGGUGUCCUGGUGGUUUUGCAAUCACUGCAACACCUAACUCUCUCCUUCUCUUCUUCCAUUUCUAUGUUCAAUUUUAGAAGAGCAACAAUGACAAUAUUAGAUGAAGUAUAAGAACAUAGCUCUCUUGGAUCAAAUCAAAUCAAAGGAACCAACCAACCUUUAUUUUCAGAGCCUCUUUUUGCAACCACAGUAGCAAAGAACUAUCCCAGUUAUCUAUAUAACUCUUAGCAAAAUAGAGGGCCUGAUCACUAUAAAGCCAAGAGGAUUGAUAUAUAGAAACAAUGUCAAGAUUGCUAGUUAUUUUUGUGGUAUGAGUCAAUCAUCAAGAAAGGCUUAGGACAUCUUUAAACCCCCUUUCAAACAAGUGUGACUGUGGUAAGAAGACACAAACGCCCUUGGCCGCACUUUUGGUCAGUCAAUGAUUAUGGCCUUUCUGCUAGACUGAUGACAAAAAACAAAACAUCUGCCAAAUAAUUGUCGGGUGGAAAGCCAAGUGGCAGUACGCACGACCGGGAUCUUUGGAAUCGUUUUUAAUAAUUUUUUUUUUGAACAACUGUCGUUUUUAAUAAUUAUGAGUGCGUUUGUGUGUGUAUUAGAGAAAAGAAAGUAGAAUAAGCCACAGAUUCUACUCUGUACUCAAACAAGUUGAAGUUCUAAUGAAAUCAAGUGGUGUUUCAAAAAAAAAAAGCCACAGAUUCAGCAAACUUGUUCACGUAAAGACAGAAAAAAGUAAUGAAACAAAAGCCACCUAUGUUUUCACUUACUCAUAGACUUUUUGUUGUGAUUAGGAAGCCAAUAGUCUUCUUUCUCAAUCAGUUGGAGGGAAAGAAAAAGUACAUAUACUAUAAAGUCACAAACUAUAAAGGGAAUACAUACAAUAAAAUAGUCUGUCCCAAACCAGCAGAUUAUUUUCUAAUAAGUUCUAGCCAACUGAGGAUUUGAUUUGAAAGUUGAUUCUGUUAUGAAAACUGAGAGUUCAUGCCUCAUGGUAUUGGUUGAUUUGGUAUAUCUUAAUAGUGCUGUUUAUAUACUUGUUUGAAUGGUCUUUAUGAUAAU